AUGGCAUAUCGUGGUUGUAUCUGGAAUUGUGACGAUGGCCUCGAACAGAUUGGCGUGGCAUCAGCACCCAACUUCACUGGCCCUUAUACCCGUGCUCAUGAUUAUCCCAUCUUCCCCAGCGACGCCGAGGACCCCUUUGUUUGGCGUGAUAAAAGAGGAAAUUUCCACUUGCUCAUGCACUCGCUGGACUCUGCUGACAAUGGAGUUGGCUCUGGGCCCAAAGUGGCCCUCAUGGAUAUGCGCACCUUUCCGACGAAUAUUUCCCGCGAGAUUAACCUGGCCAUGACGAUGAUCGGCGUGAAUAUGGAGGAGAAGAGAGAUAGGAGAGCCGGUAGGAAAUGUCCUUGUGACCCAAAACAUAUAAUCAACUGGGGUCUCGGGAAUGCGAGCGGGAAUUCGUUGCAGUGCGGCCACGUCGACAUCCCAUUACCUGACAGUACAUAG